CACUUGUUAUCAGUGUUUGUGAUCUAUGUGUGAAUGCAAUGCAUUUCCCAGUGUUUGGCAACUCGUGUCGACCCUUCACUUCAUUCAUCACCCAAUUUGUUCCCAAACAUCAGAAGGUGACCACCGAUGAGAUCCGGGCGUUUCAGCAGUUCAUGGACCGCAACAGUCAGGUGUUGGUGUUGUCGGGCGCCGGCAUCUCAACCGAGAGUGGGAUCCCUGACUACCGGUCGGAAGGGGUGGGUCUGUACGACAGGAAGGGUCACAAACCCAUCCAAUACCAGGACUUCUUGAGAAGCGAUGGCAUUAGACGCAGAUAUUGGGCCCGAAAUUAUUGCGGUUGGAACCGUUUCAGUAGUUUUGAACCAAACUCUGGACACAAAUGUUUGGCCGAAUGGGAGCGUCAGAAGAAGGUGUCAGCGAUUGUCACCCAAAACGUGGAUCGACUGCACCAGAGGGCCGGCUCUGAACUCGUGAUUGAAUUGCAUGGAAGCGCUUAUACCGUUGCAUGCCUUUCCUGUAAAUACAGAGUCUCUCGGUAUCUGUUUCAGCAAACAUUGACUCAAUUAAACGAAGAUAUUAUCACCAGUCAUGAGAUGGAUAGGAACCAACAGUUGAGACCCGAUGGAGACAUAGACAUCGACAGUGAGUUUGUAAGCCUUUUCCGGUACCCGUCGUGUCCUCGAUGUGAAGCACUUCUUAAGCCCGAUAUAACAUUCUUCGGCGACAAUGUGUCCAAAGCUAUUGUUAACAGUGUUUACGAAAUGUUGAGUCAAUCGGACGCUCUGUUAGUGAUUGGAUCCUCACUUCAGGUCUAUUCUGGUUAUAGGUUUGCAUUGACGGCCAAAGAACUCAAUAAAGCCAUUGCUAUCGUCAACAUCGGGCCAACCCGUGCCGACACUUUCCAUACAAUACUUCGCUUCAAUGCAAGAGCCGGUGAUAUAUUGACUCAAAUUGUUGUUUAA